AUGGGCAUCCGAGAUCCAUCCGUUCGCAUGACAUCGUCUUUGAAGAUUCAGCUCAAGACCGAUGCAUCCACAUGUUUCGGCGAAUUCGGUCGCAUUCGUUCCGCUUGGCUGAUGCUAGUGUUAUCGUACGAUGUCAUCGCAAGCGCAAAUGAAUGGCGAGAUUCCGGUCGUGAAGUUACUGUAAACUCUCAAGCACCUUUAUGUACUGAGGGGAACGCCUUGGUUGUCCAGGCUUCACCGCUUCCGUCUCAACUGAGUCAAGGCCUUCUUCAGUCGAUGAAAGUGAGACAGAGCGCAUCUGUACCGUGA